CUAAUCUCAAUGGCCUUGCGCGCCGGAGUUCUACCCCGUCCCUCCCUCCUCCUCCCCCGCAUCCGCUGCUCCGCCGGCGGUCGCCCCGACUCACCCGCCGGGGAGUUCGCUGCCCUCGCUGCUGCGUUCUUCCGCCGCCGUCUCCUCGCCGGCAUCAGCUCCGCCUCCCUAGUCGCCCUCGGCGCCAACUUCGGUGGCCUCACCAGCUUCCUCCUCGGUCUCUCGCCGGAGCUCGGCCGCUCCCUGCGCCUCGACGUCCUCUACCCCGUCGAGGGAUUCACUCGCUGCCUCGACUCCACCCACGGCUUCGAGUUUAUAUAUCCGGAAACUUGGGUGGGAGACCAAACGCUUCUCUACAGAGCAAUAGAAAAAGCAGAGUCCGAGAGGUCGCUGGAUCCUCCGCCUUUAAACAACGGUCGACAGCCCACCCGACCGAUGAGCGAGCCGGUGGCCGCCUUCGGGCCGCCGGGAUCCACCGGCGAGCUCAACGUCAGCGUCAUCGUCUCCACCGUCCCCCGCGACUUUGCAAUCGAGGACUUCGGCAGCCCAAAGGAAGUGGGUGAGACGGUGCUGAGGAGGAUCGCCGGGUCGAGAAAAAGAACAGACGUGAAUGCUGCUCUCGUGGAUGCGUCGGUGAGGGCGGAUGCUUCCAAGAAAGUCAACUACUACAAGUUGGAAUUCCGCGUGGAGGCGCCGUCGUUCCGCCGGCGCAACGUCGCCGUCUGUUGCGCCAGAGGCGGGAAGCUGUUCACUCUCAAUGCGCAGGCGCCGGAGGCGGAAUGGCCUGAGGUGGAGCGGGAAUUCCACGCCAUUGCCGACUCCUUCAACCUUACCGAUGCGUUGAAGGAAGUCGAAUUCUUCGUUUGAGUCGUUGAAGAUCUUUGCUCGAUCGAUUUUGCUAAAUCAAUCGAUAUGAAACUUUUUUUUUCUCAAAGUUU